AUGAACACGGUGCCGAUUCCCGUCGUACCGGUGAGGAUAACGGUGACGAUGGUAAACGCUCGAGUCCGGGUUCAUCUUCAAAGCGGACGUGACGGGAAGUUUUCUUCGCUGAGAGGUCACGAACGGUAUCGUCUUGGUCAUGAGGGCUGUCAGUCAGGGUCCAGGCGUCGUUACUCGGGAAACGCCGUCGACUGCAGACCGCAGGACUCGGUGUCGCGGGUGAGGUUUUCAGAAUCGAUACUGGUUCACGAGCUUGUAGUCGACGCAGACGAGCCGCCAAUGGAGGUGCCACUGCACGGAGGCACUUGUGGACGUUUUCGGGGUCCAGACGAUACAAGUAGUGGAUGA